AUGGUCAGUCGACCGACUGCUAAGCUGCUGUGCGUUUGCUCAUCACGACACGCUCGGAACGUUUACGCCGAAGUCAUACUGUUGGGGAUGCACGCACUGGUUGUGCCCCUGCUGGUGCUUGCCGCCCUGCUGGGCAGUGCUAGCUUAGAUCAGCUGAAGCCGGACUACCUGCGGUACCUCCGUACCCGCAAGCCAUCGCACCCACUAGAGCUGCACGUGGAGGAAGUCCUCGAGGUGUUCCGCACCGGGCAGCGUCCAUCGAGCUACGGUGUUUCGAACCAGGCCGUGAAUGCGUUUCUCGCCAGCCAGCGAUUGCGAGCGACAACAACAAGACGUCCGUGCACGUCCACCACAACAGUAGCGAGCACCACUUCUACCACGGAUGCGAGCACCUUCCCGACGCCGACCUUCGAGAAUAGCAAUCCGGACUACAAGUACCUCUUUAAAACAUCGAUAACGGCGACGAAAUACAGCGGUCACCCGGCGCCCGGGACGAUCAUUAUCAAGGAGGCCGAUCCGAGCUCGGUGCCGGCACGAUCCGCACUGGUGACGUCCGCUGAAGACACCGAUGCCACCUAGGACGAAUCGUGUGGAUGUAAUUUGCGCGGGUGACGAAAUCUUGAUAACAUCCUGUACCAGCCUCGGAUACGGCCCAACUGUCCUGCUGCACACCCUUCUUCCCCCCUUCUACCCUCCUGCUUAAGGCUCUAGUACGUAAGCGCGUGUGACUUUUGUUGGUAAACAAAAGUCACAGCUACACUAUUAGUUUAGUAGCGAGAUUUGUACGAUUUCUUUACGGCUGCUCUACGCCCACGUGACAAAUAAAA